GUUUAGUAACCAGAAAUCCCCCUGGGAAUAAAUCCAUGUUAUUACACACGUAUGGAAGACGGACAGUGAAGCACUCGGGAAACAUGGACGCGACUUUGGAGUACAGUUUUCACGACUUCUUGGAGGUUUAAAAGCGGGUUCCGGUGGCGAUAAUUUUUUUGUGUCAGGAAGUUUGACGUACUGGGGUAGAAGAUUAUUUCUUACUUUGCUUUGGUUUUGGGGUAGAAAGUUGUGGUCCGUGCUGUCCGCUACAGAAUCCGCACGACAACUUUGAGGGAAAGCUGCGUUUUCUUCCACAUUAAACUGCUCAUCUGAAUACUUCAGGAUCCAAAAUAUAAGAGUCCGAACAUAAGAGUUACCUGGGGGGGUCAGCCCCGCCAUGGCGCCCCCGCUCACGCACACACACUCCCCGGUGUGUCGGUCCGACUGAGGGGGGAACCGAUGGACGUGAGCUGGACCGACUGCGUCAUCUCUGCCGCGAGACACCGGUGACCGGCUGCACGCGGGAGAAGCCUGGGCUUGUCCUGACAAAGGUCGUUAAGGCGACAGGCUGUGGGUGGAUUUGCGCACCACAGAAAAGCUUCUCAAGACUGGUUUGUGUCGACCACGCUCGCAGACAUCGCUACAAUGAAUGAGAGGCAGGCUCUCCACUCUAUAAUGAAGGACCUGGUUGCCCUCCAGAUGACGCGGCGCCAGCCCGUGUUGUCGUAUGACAGCGGCAAACCCAAGACACCGGCCCAGACCAACAGACAGGACGAUGUCAGGAUAAAGUUUGAGUUCUCAGGAGAGAGGAGGAUCCUGAUGUUUGGACGGCCUGUGCAGUUCGAUGAGAUCCAGCAGAAAGUUAAGACCGUCUUUGGCCAGCAGCUGGACCUGCAUUAUAUGAACAACGAGCUGUCCAUCCCUCUGCGAGAUCAGGAUGACCUGGACAAAGCCAUCGACCUGCUCGACCGAAGCUCCAACAUGAAGAGCAUCAGGAUCCUGCUGCUCACUCAGGAGCACAGCAAUGCCUCCUCCCCCUCCCACCACGUGCCGUGUAAGCAGGUGAGGAUCAAGUCUUCCCAGUCCACUGGAGACGUCAGCACCGCGUACCAAUCCUCUGAGCCCAGGGGGCGACAUCUAUCAACUGGUUCUCAGAACACGGGGCGUAGCUCGCCGCCUCCUGGCUAUGUACCUGAACGCCAGCAGAGGAUCGCCCGCCAAGGCUCAUACACCAGCAUAAACAGUGAGGGGGAGUUCAUCCCCGAGACCAGCGAUCAGUGUGUGCUGGAUCCCUGGAGCAGUGCAGAAAACUCUGUCUCUGGAAGCUGCCAGUCUCUGGACAGCAACUCAGACAGCCCCUCACUGAGGAAGUCUCGCAUGCACAGAGCCAAGAGUUACCCUGAUAAUCGCCAGGAGUGCUCAGACCGGGAGAAUUAUGUGUAUGACAGGGUGGCAGGGAAAGGAGGCACCUAUCCUCGUAGGUACCAUGUCUCCCUGCAUCAUAAGGACCACAGUGAAGGCCGCAGGACGUUUCCACGGAUCCGUCGGCCCCAGGGGAACCUGUUCACUCUGGUGCCUUCACGCCGGUCGCUCAACGGCAGCGAGGAGAGUUUGGGCAGCUGGCAGCUGAUCGAUGCUCAGGGCAGGCUCCGUCCACAAGAUCGCUCUGUCGCACACAAGUCACCCAGUGCACCGAUGACGUGGCGGCGGGGGAAGCUUCUGGGCCAGGGAGCGUUUGGUCGUGUGUACCUGUGUUACGACGUGGAUACUGGGAGGGAGCUGGCUGCCAAGCAGGUCCACUUUGACCCUGAGAGUCCUGAGACCAGCAAGGAGGUCAGCGCUCUGGAGUGUGAAAUCCAGCUGCUGAAAAAUCUGCAUCACGAGCGCAUCGUGCAGUACUACGGUUGUCUGAGGGACCACAAUGAGAAGACCCUGACUAUUUUCAUGGAGUACAUGCCGGGGGGUUCAGUCAAAGACCAGCUGAAGGCCUACGGCGCGCUGACAGAAAACGUGACCCGGAAGUAUACAAGACAGAUCCUGGAGGGCAUGUCGUACCUGCACAGCAACAUGAUCGUACACCGGGACAUCAAAGGUGCCAACAUCCUGCGGGAUUCAGCAGGGAACGUGAAGCUUGGAGAUUUUGGAGCCAGCAAGAGGCUGCAGACCAUCUGCAUGUCUGGCACCGGCAUCCGCUCUGUGACCGGCACCCCCUACUGGAUGAGCCCGGAGGUGAUCAGUGGAGAGGGCUACGGCAGGAAGGCUGAUGUCUGGAGCCUUGGAUGUACAGUGGUGGAGAUGCUGACAGAAAAGCCUCCGUGGGCUGAAUAUGAGGCCAUGGCGGCCAUAUUCAAGAUCGCCACCCAGCCCACCAACCCACUGCUGCCCUCGCACACCUCUGACCAGGCACGGGACUUCAUAAGCUGCAUUUUCGUGGAGGCCAAACACAGGCCCAGUGCUGAGGAGCUGCUCAGACACCCCUUCUCCCAGAUUCUGUGCUGAAACCUGCCUGGUUUCUGAACUUGAAGCAGAGAGAGUAGCCUCAGCAGCACCUGUAGCUUCCUCCGUGGCAGAAAUCUGGAUGUGGAACUGGUCUAGAAGUCAGUGUUAAACCCUCCGUUCAGAUGCUCUUCCACACAAAUUCACAGACAGUUUGACAACAGCAGUCACUAAUGCCUUGAAAACCAAUGCCAGUACAUGCUCUUAUACAAGUGACCACCAGGGGGAAACAAAACAUUUAGUAUCUGGUGGGCAGCUGAUCCUUCUCAGAUACACACACACACACACACACACUCCAAAGGUAGCAUCAUUGAGUCGUGCACCAGUUGUGUCUUCAAAAAGCACUCUGUUCUGUUUACAUUCACUUUUAGGGCAGGUAUGAAAAUGCCAGCAAGCCUGACAGCAUUUAAAACAUUUAGCUGAGCACCAUGUCCAAGCUACAGCACACCACUAGUGCACCACAGAGUUAAAGGAUUGUUCUCUUAUUUUCACUUUUUGUCAAGACAAAGAAAACUCCACCCUGAAACUCUGCAAAGUUAUUUGUGAUGCACAUUGCAUUUCUGACUAGAGUGGAUAGAUGGAGCAGUGUCACAUGCAAAUAUGUGUAGGGUAGCUGCAUUGGAAUUGAAAAAUAAUCAAUAUUAAACAGACAGAGGCAUGUUUUACUUUCAGCCCUUCAGAAUGCAAACACCAUUUAACACGGAGACACAAAAAUCACAAGAAAACUUGAAGGCGCUCUCUUUUUACACGCCUUUAUUGUGAAGGCAUAGUCAUGUUAGACCUGAAAACAAACUCACAACAUGUUUCGGCAUCAAGCCUUCAUCAUGGAGUCAAAACUAUAACUAUGCCAUGACUGUGCCAUGACAAUGAUGGCAUUUUAAUUCAUAAAAGAAGAGAGUUUCUUGGAGUUUUCCUAUAUAUUUUGUUUCUACGUGCAUUUCAAACAAACUCGAAUUGAGUCCAUGAAGCACUUCAAACCAAACUUUUUUUAGGUAGAAAUUUAUAUCGGUACCCUAAUAAGCACAUUUCUCCACUGACAGUACGCCAGUAUCCGCCUCUUUUCAGUUUUCGUUGAAAAGCUCAAAAGGUUGUUUGACAACACUUCUUAGGGUAAAACUACUAACACUGUAAAAAAAAAUGUUUGUAGAAAUUCCAGUAAAACACUGUCAAAUUGCAUCAGAAAAAGGGCAUUAAAUUAAAAAUUGAAUAUCACCGUACUAGAUGCUUUUAGUUACCGUAUAUUAAGAAAUAGAACAAAACUUUUAAACUGUAGAAAGCAGUUUUUUCAUGUAAAAUUAGAGGAGAAAUACUAUAAUGUCAUGAGGACACAAUUACCCUAAAAAUUAAGGGACUACUCAGUAUAAAUUUACAGUCGUAAACCCACUCACUGUAUUUUUUACGGUGAAAUUCUGACAACCACAGCUCCUGGCAUUUUACUGUAAAUUAAACAGAUUUUUUUUACAGUGUGGGGCUGCCUAGAUGAAGAAUUUAAAGCUGGAGUGCAGGACCUUUUUCCUUUGCAAAGGAGCCACAGAAAGUUCUCUGUAUUUUGCAGUACACCAGAGUUAUGGUGUCUGAUGUCUUUGCAGACUUUCCUGCUCUUGCAUUGAUGUGUUUUACAUCAACCAGACAGAAUUAAACGGGGCAGGAAUGUCAAAGUCAAAGUGAGCUUUAUUGUCAACUAAACAAUGCAAAAGGUAGUUACACAGAGGAUUGAAAUAGUGUUUCCCCAUUACUCCAAUGAGCAAGUAAAAUAUAACACACAACAUAUAAUAUUCAACAACAAUGGACACAACAUAUACAGACAAACAAUGGACCUAUAAGUUUUAAAAGUAAAUUAAUAAAUAAAAAACAAAUACAAAUAAAUUGAUCUGAACUCAAGGAAGAAUAAAGUUUUAAAAAAACAGGCCAUAAGUAGGGAAAAAAAAGAGU